GUCAGGUUCUCUUUAAGGGAAAAGAGGAUUUCCUAUUGACAGUAAGUGAUUGCUGACUCAGGCAUCUGAUGUAAAAGCUGACGACACCGCUCAGUCUCUAUAUAAUGGGCACAGAUCUGGAGCGAGGCACCUCAAAGGGGAAAAGUAGAAGACCAUCAGCUUUUUUUAUAAAGUUCUGUUCCACCAUUUACCAGGAAAGUCAUGGAGAACAUCACGUUGUAUCCAACCUUCAAUGUUACACCCCUGAACCACACUUCUGGCAAUACAACUGACGACUAUGAAGACUAUGGACUGUCCCCUGAGAAUUACUUCGCUUUGUUGGUCUACUCUUUGGCCUUUGUACUUGGGACAAGUGGAAAUGGCCUGGUCCUCUGGUUCACAAUCUUCAAGAUGAAAAAGACGGUCAAUGUCAUUUGGUUCCUUAAUUUAUCAAUCGCUGACUUCACCUUCACAUUAUUUCUCCCCUUGAGCAUAAUCUACUUGGCUUAUGAUUUCGAAUGGAUCUUUGGGGCAUUCAUGUGCAAGUUGAAUAGUUCGGUUGCUUUCAUCAAUCUGUUUGCCAGCGUCUUCCUGCUCACCAUCAUCAGUAUAGAUCGUUGUAUCUCUGUCAUCUUCCCAGUUUGGUGCCAAAACCACAGAACGCCAAAACUGGCUUUAUUCGUUGUCAUCGGAGUUUGGGUCCUGGCUAUUAUAUUUAGCCUCCCAUACUUUAUAUUUCGAAACACCUUUGAAUAUUUCGACGGCACCUUUGGUUGCUUUAACAACUUUGACCUUGGAGAGGAAUUAGAACCUGACACCGAAGAGUUAUCGCCCAUUGGCAUGUCCCGUCACAAAGGGACAGCCAUAACCAGAUUCCUCGUGGGAUUUUUGAUCCCUUUUAUUGUCAUUGUCUCGUCUUAUUCCAUAAUUGCCCUACGUAUCCAAAGAAAUCACAUGACCACGUCCACCAAGCCCUUCAAAGUCAUAAUCGCUGUGAUAAUUUCCUUCUUCGUCUGUUGGUUUCCUUAUCAUGUUAUCUCCUUGAUGGAAUUGCAUGCAGGUAAUUUUUCACCCAAUGUAUUUCGUGUUGGCGCUCCUCUCACCUCCAGCUUGGCUUUCAUAAACAGCUGCAUCAAUCCUUUUCUCUAUGUUUUUAUUGGCCGGGACUUUAAGAAAAAAUUCUGGGGUUCCUUCCAUUCAAUAUUCGAGAAAGCUUUCAAUGAAGACUCAUUACAAAAAGACCUCCAGAACAAGACCAAGUCCACCUCUGACUCCCAUGUGGUCUAACUGAUAGAGUCACCUUCAUAUCUGAACUUUGAUUACAUUCCUAUACACUGAAUGACUGGACUAAACAACUCGAAAAGACCAUCGGUAACAAUGUUUCUUAGCGCUAUGUUAUUUAAAGGUUCAGAAAUCUAUGGUUUGAUCUCAUCACAUUGACGACAGUCCUGAUGAAAGCCUACCAACAUAUAAGAGAAUUGGAGAAACUUUGAGAGACGUGAAGAUUUCUCGUAUUGUACAGUACGCCCCUUUGAUCAACCUACUGGUUGAAUUAGGGGCUAGUUGUCCCAGUGGUUGGUUAGCUUAAAAAAGUCACAUUUUCAGUUAUCCGAUGACAAGUAGAAAAUAGUUUGUCCCGCUGGUAUGCCCCCAAGUGAUUAGCUGUGAUUGGUGGAGGAAGUGGCAGCAAAUGAUGAAUUUUCCUACAGUGCCACCACAGGGGGGAUUUCAGUAUUACACAGUUCUCCUUUUUUUAGUCCUCAUCACUCUGGCUUAAUGAAGGGGGAACCCGUAUAUUGACUUAGAACUUGCUCAUAGAUUAUUCCUAUAGGUGAAUAUCUUUAAUCUAGCCAGAUGUAAGUUACUCAGGUUGACUGAACACCGAACUGACACUGGUUGUUUGCCCCAAGACCAAAGUUAGACAAUAGAAAUGGUAGAACCAAGACCUGCCGUCCCUCUUGACAUGUCUGUUUUAGGAAAUCAUCGGAUUGUCCAUGAAGUAGCAAUUCUGGGUCUUUUUUUUUUUUACUUUGAGCUGUGUCAUUGCUCUAUUAUUCCUCAAAGAAAUGAAUGAAUAUAUUGAACACUGGACUGCAACGCUCCUGUUGACAUUGCCUGCACUGAUCUGACAAUGUAGAGUAUGCAAAGACAUACCCUCAAUUGGUAGCACCAAGGUUUUUUCUAGUAGGAAUAACCAAGGAAGAGGGCAAAGUUCUGAGAUUUUUUUUUCCAAAUUGUUAUAGUGUUGACAAUACGAUAAUUUACCACAUGUCAUGAGAGGUGACAGAUACUCUUAAAUUAUAAAAAUAUCGUGAGUCAUUUAAAGUAGUCUUGAAGUUACUUUGAUUCUUUUUAUUACACACAGUAUUUUAUUGCUAUAAUAAUGCUGCAGUCAUUACAAAAAAACUUUAGUUAGACAUUGUAUGUAAAACCCAUGAUACCAAAAUAUUCUUAUAGUUAUAGGGGUCCAAUAUUUCUGUUAUAGAGCACCAAGUACUCCUACUUUGAAAUUUUAACUACCUGUAUCCACCACUGAAGGAUGCUUAUACGAAUUUUGCAUACAGUACUAUUGAUUUCAGUGAACUGUAUAAAUGAUCAGAAAUAAGCUCCUGAGCUCCCC